AUGUCUGCUGUAAUUGGUAUCUCCUUUGGUAAUACAUCCUCCUCGAUCGCUGUUGCGACUCAGGAUGGAAAAGUCGAUGUAAUUGCAAACCCUGAUGGUGAUAGAGCCAUUCCUUCUGUAUUAAGUUAUGUUGGUGCCGACGAAUAUCACGGUGCUCAGGCCAAAGCUCAACUCAUCAGAAACCCCAAAAACACAAUCAUCAACUUCCGUGACUUGAUUGGCAAGAACUUUGACGAUGCCGAUGUCAGUGGCUCGAAGUAUGGUGCUCCAGCUGUCAAACUUGACGAUGGUAAGAUUGGAUACCAAAUCACCAGAGACAACGGAAAUAUUGAAACUGUCACUGUGGCCGAAGCUACCAAGAGACAUAUGUUGCAGAUGAAAGUUGCCGCUGAAGACUACAUUGGUAAGAAGGUGGAGGGUGUUGUGAUCACUGUACCUACUGAUUUCCAUGCUCACCAAAGGGAAGAGUUGACCAAGAUUGUUAAUGAUGCUGGGUUGAAAGUAUUGCAAAUGAUCAAUGAGCCAUCUGCUGCGUUGUUGGCCCAUUUAUCUGCUGAGGAGUCUCGUUUGACCGAGGACAAGUUGUACGUUGUAGCUGACUUUGGUGGUGUCAGAUCUGAUGCCGCUGUUAUCGCUGCUCGUGGUGGAGUGUUCACCAUUUUAGCCACGGCUCAUAAGCACGGAUUGGGAGGAGACUUAUUAGACGAUGCCUUGGCUGAGUACUUCGCCAAGGAAUUCGAAAAAAAGAAAAAGACCAACCCAAGAACCAACGCUAGAUCUCUUGCCAAGCUCAAGGCAGAAUCCAUUACUGUUAAGAAAACUCUUUCCAACGUCCAAACCUCCACCUGCUCCAUUGACUCGUUGGCUGAAGGUUUCGACUUCCACACCACCAUCAACAGAUUGAGAUACGAAUUGACCGCUCGUCUGGUGUUGUCAGAUAUGACUAGUUUCAUAGAACUGGUGGUUACGAAAGCUGGACUUGAAAACCUUGAUAUCGAUGAAGUCUUGUUGGUUGGUGGUACUUCCCAUACUCCUAAGUUGGCCUCGAAUGUUUCGUUCGUUUUCCCAGAAUCUACCGUGAUUGUAUCUCCAGCUCUUGAUUCUAAAGCAUUGAACCCAGAGGAGCUUGUUUGUCGUGGUGCUGCUUUGCAAGCGUCGAUGGUUGAAUCUUUUGACGAAGAGGAAAUCAAAGAAUCUUUGCAGCCUGUUGUGGUCAACACCCAGCACUUGUCCAAGUCUAUUGGUAUCAAGGAUGCUGAAGGUAACUUUACCCCAAUUUUGGUGGCAGAGACCGCUUAUCCUAUCAAAAAAUCGAUCGAGGUUACCAACGGAUCUUCGACUUCGGUCGUCAUUGACCUCUACGAGGGCCACAGAACUGUCAAGGAAACCGUAAUUGAGGCCGAAAAGUACUCUGACGACGAGGAAGACGACUACUCUGAUGAAGAGCCCGAGGUGAAGAAGGAAAUCGUUUAUGUUCCUGGAACCCUUUUGGCCCAGCUUCCUAUCAAAGACCUCAAGCCCAACUCCAAGUUGGAAGUGAUUGUCAAUAUCACCCACGAUGGUACUCUUCAUGUUUCUGGUCGUGAAUUGAAACAAGGAUCUGUCGCUGUCAAGGGAGAGAUUCAAGCUUAA